ACUUCUGACCAACCCUUCAUGUUGCUAGGGAACAACAGCUGUUUCAGUAAACAAAACCUCUGUUAACUUUCACGGAAAUUUCAGUUUCUUUAUGGUUCAAGCAUGCUUCUGAACUCACUGACAACCGAUGUUCUGUUCCCUAAAACUAAAAUCUGCUUUUUAAUCGCUGCACCUGUUUAUUCCAGUCAUACUCUAAUAAUGAGCACAAAACUUUUCAGUGAACUUAUAGGGUUAAAAUAAUAUCGGUAUGUACUUAAGUCUAUCGUCUUUAUGAUGAGGAGUAAGUUUUGAGGCGAGCCUCUGAAAAUGGAAUGCGUUAACAAUAAUAGAAAGUUAUCAGAUGUCGACUGUCGUCAUUAUCUGGCUAAAGACAGCAUUGAUCACGAUUUUUUCGACUUGGAUGAGCUUGAAAAAACCGUCAAUGACCUUUUCAAAAAUCGAGAGGUGAAUCCUGAUCAAAUAUCAAUGAUAGCGACUUGCUCGUCUGACAAUAUAAUAUGUGAUGAGGAUAAUGAUAUAGUGGUGGGUAGAAGAGACUUUCUCUACCCUGAUAAUACUGCUGAAAACUGCCAACUGGAGGAAGGAGGACAGUCGUCUGCUGGCUUGACGAAUUGCAUAGCAUUUGCUGACCCAGAUAUUGCGACAAACGGUGAUUUUGUCGAUAACCGAAGUGAAUCGACGUCAACGGAGACUCCCACUGGAGCAGGCGACAUGCUGGAAACUCUGGAGGAGGACACAUCAUUUCCAUGCAUCACUCCUAUCCCUUUGGAAAAUUCAGAUUUCACAGAGGUCACACCGUGUGCAUUCAUGUCCUGCCGGUCAACACCUGAUAUUCAAGAUAAGCUCUACUUCAGGAACUUCUCAGAGGCAGCGCUUGACGAGUCCAAAAUUUCAUUGUUGGUCGAUGCGUUAGGGGCCCUUAAACUGAGCCAUGAGUUCGAAGCCAGGAGCAGCGGACUACGGAGGCAGAGUCAACGGAGAAAAAAUCUUACAUUUUCGAACCAAGAGUUGAGCAGGAUUGAGAGAGAGAAUGAGAUAUUGCUGAAAAAAAUAACAGCACAAGCUAGACCUCGUAAGGUGCAGUUAAAUAUUUCUCCCAAGCCGAGAAAAACAGCCGCUUCUGUAAAUCGUCUUCAAAAACAACAAGAGAUAGAAAGGCAAAAUUAUAUCCUUUUUAAAAAAAUUCAAGCUGCAAAAUGCAGGAAAUACUCAUUGACAAAAGCUCGCUCAUGAACAAGGAAUUAUUCCUCUUUAGUAGGAUUUCUGCUGCUGCUCCUUCUUAGACUUUGGUGAAAAAUUCCUGCUCAAGGCCUCUGUGAAUGGCUUAAUUGCAGCCUGUGACUGGUAGAUUUAUCUUUGUUGACCUCAAAUGUUUCUUAACUUUUCACUGUAGUCCAAUUAUUAAAAAGUGUGGAGUGAACCAUUUCAAUAAUUAAAAAUUUGAUAUUUAUUUCAA